CUUUGCUCUCCGCAAACCCCGGAGAGACUGUGAACUCCGUGACUGUUCAAGGACAACUGUGUUUCAUCACUGCAUUUCAAACUCUCAAUAUGGUUGAUGCAUUUUGUGCAACUUGGAAACUGGUUGAUAGCCAGAAUUUUGAUGAAUACAUGAAAGCACUGGGUGUUGGUUUUGCCACUAGGCAAGUAGGCAAUGUUACCAAACCCACAAUUGUCAUAAGUCAUGAGGAUGACAAAGUUGUCAUAAAGACGCUGAGCACCUUCAAAAACACUGACAUUUCUUUCAAACUGGGAGAGGAGUUUGACGAAACCACAGCAGAUGACAGACAUGUAAAGUCCACUGUAACCUUGGAAGGGGACAAUCUUGUCCAUGUUCAGAGGUGGGACGGCAAGGAGACUAAGUUUGUUAGAGAAAUCAAAGACGGUAAAAUGGUUAUGACCUUGACCUUUGAGGAUCUGCAGGCUGUCCGCACAUAUGAAAAGGCAUAAUGUCCAAAUAAUGGACAUUUCAGUGUUACCCUGGCAACUUGACAAUAUUACAAGGGAAUUUUUACAUUGUAUUCUCAACUGAGUUUUCCCCUUUUUAAGAUGUGAGACAUUUUUGUAAGACCUUUUAUAUAAGCUGCACAUUGUGAAGUUUUUGUGAACCUUGCCGAAUGUCUUUAAUGUUAGUGGACUGUAUAAUUGAGGCCUGACUUUGUGUCAAAUUGAAUGAAAUACACACUUGUUUAAAAACUGA